AAGCUAAAACACUCGAAUCUGAAAAUUCUGAAAUAUCUGCUAAGGAUGAUAUGAGUGCUCUAGACACAAGAAGCUAUUUAGAUAGAACCGUGGUGCCCGUCCUCUUGCAAGGCCUGAACGUCAUAGCAAAAGAAAGGCGAACCUCGAAACCCUAUCGAAGCCCUUGCUCUCUUUCUGAUGAAGCAUAA